GUUGUUGGUGAUCUUUGAUCAAAUAAAGUCACGGUAUCAUACAUAAAUAUUUACACGUCAUUCAAUACAGCUUUUUGGCUCAAGCACGAAAAAACAACACAACCAUGGCAGAGGAAAAGAAGGAAAAUGCAGGCCAAACUGAUCACCAGUAUAAAGAAGUGCCAACCAAAACAAUGGAUCAACGACAUAGAAUGUAUCUCACAUCGUGUCUCUAUCUAGUCGGGUUUCUGGAUUUGUUUGGAGUAAGCAUGUUGAUUCCGUUAAUGUCUCGGCACGCAAGAGAUCUAGGUGCAUCACCGAUGUGGAUAGGUGCUGUUGGUUCUGUCUAUGGUAUUCUUCAGCUUAUUUCUGGACCGUUUGUGGGGCGACUGAGUGAUGUUCUUGGUAGACGUCCAGUUCUCUUAGUUUGUCUCUUCAUGUGCGCUGUAGGGUACACCAUCAACAUCUUUGCCUCGUCAGUCCUCGUACUUAUACUCUCAAGAAUUCCUCUUGGUAUUUUUAAACAUGGCAUAGCAACCGUCAAAGCCUACCUGGCGGAAAUCACACCCAAGGAUGAGCGCCCUCAUGUGUUUGGACGAUACGGUGCCAUCUCGAGUACGGGAUUCAUUGUUGGCCCUUUAUUUGGGGGUUACCUAGCAGAGUACGAGGGCGGUUUCUACAAAGUUGCUACGUGCACGGCGGCCAUCUUUGUAGUCAACUUUGUUUUUGUUUACAUCCUCGUCCAUCCACAGAAGAAUCCUCCCCUGGAGAAAACAAAGUCAGUUUCAUCCUUCACCAAAGAGGAGUACAGUAUCCAGACCAAGCCAGGUUUCCUCAAGUCGUUCAAGGACGUCGUCAAAUCAAGCGGGGACCUCCUCUUCCUUCAGCUGAUCAUGGGCUUCGCGAUCAUGAUGUAUCGGAGUAACUUCACCCUAAUCAUGGAGGAACGCUUUCACACUACGCCCAAAAUAAACGGCUGGCUGAUCAGCUUCGGCGCCUUCGUCGCCGUUGUGGCGGGAAUGCUCGUGGGUCGAAUCAUCAGCUUCUACAGCAGUAUCGCUAAGCUGCUGCUGCACUGCAGCGCCCUGCUGUGUUUUAUUCUGUUCGGGUUGACGUUCGCGCCGAGUCUCUUCGUCGUCGUCGUGCUCACGGGGUUACUCUCGGUGGUCAAUCCAAUCUCUCGGGUUUGCAUCACGGAUCUUAGUAUCAACCGUGGAAAUAAGGAUAAGACCGGAGCAUUGCUGGGGAUGAGUCAAUCUUUCAUGUCCGUGGCUCGAUCGUUCUCGCCGCUGGUAAGCGGUAUUAUGUUGGAGUAUGGUCAGAAUGCCCCAGGGCUGACGGGUGUAUUCUGCGCCAUGAUGGGGACAUGUUUACUGAUUGCUAUACCUCCUGGGAGAACAAUUACACAGGAGAAGAAAAAAGACUGAUGAUUUGUCUGAAAUUCAACAUUUCAUUCUAAGCAUUCCAUUUUACAGAAUUAAAGCCUAUGACCAACAUAGUGAUUGUCCAGUAUCCGUACUAUGUCUGGAACAACAUGUACAUGUACUUGUAUGCAAAAUAAUAAACCUAUGAAAGUUUGAGCUCACUCGAGUUGAGUUGCAAGAGAAUAAUGAAAACCUAUAACUGUUUUCAAUGCUUUCAUUCUCCUCGGAUGAUGUGCACUUGUUAUUUUCAAAAACCAGUAUCGGUACUUUGUCUGCCACAACAUGUUCGCGUACGUGCUCACCUUUCCAUCUUCUGUGUUGUCACCCUUGUUUUGUCUGUUUUGGCUCAUUUUUACACAAAGUUUUAUUUUAAUGGCUGAUGUUAAAAAAGGAACAAGAAAUAUUUGCCUACUAUUUGUUAUCGUCAAGCGGCCACCCGUGUCUUGUUUUCUACUGUACUGUAGUAAUCAUGAAUACUAAUUAUCAUUUGUAUACAUUGGGGCCAGACUAUUUUGUUACCGUUCCAACCUCAGUUUGGUUAGAUUGAUGUGGCGUGGCUGAACUGAAUGGUCGAGCACACUGGACUCAAAUUCUGGGCCCAAUUUCAUGAAGCUGCGUAUGCACAACAAAAUGCUAAGCACAACAAAGU